GAUUAUGAGAGGAUCUCAGAGUUCUUCAAGGCCAACUACAAGGUGGAGCUGACAGAGAAGGACAUGUGUGUGAAGGGCUGGAACUGGGGCACUGCUAAAUUCUCUGGUAAAACACCCACUAAAUCUCACUAAACACCCAUCACACAUCACCAGCAGUGGGUCUAAUCACUCUAAAAAUACUUCUUGGAUGGCUGGGACAUUUAGAAAACAACCUUUUUCAUCUCUGGAUCUCUCUUACUAAGCCCAUUGUAGCGUUCCUCCAGCUAUGUUGUGGUGCAUUAUGGGAGCUGUAGUCUUGAACCCCCCCCUUUCCCCUCCCUCCACAGGUCCAUUGUUGUCGUUUGACGUGAAUGACAGCUCAGUGUUUGAGAUCCCCCUGGCCAGCGUGUCCCAGUGUGCCACAGGAAAGAACGAGGUGACGCUGGAGUUCCACCAGAACGAUGACGCUGAGGUCUCUCUUAUGGAGGUCCGCUUCUACGUCCCCCCUGGCACCGCAGACGAGGGGGCAGACCCCGUGGAGGUAACCCACGCUGUACUACCGGACCUGUACCGGAGAUAGAACUAACAACCACUAACCAAUCACUCUGUCCUGUGUGAUCGUCAGUGCCUUACUGACUUCUCCCCAGCAGAUGGCGCUACCACUACAGAUGUCCCUAUACUCAGAAACAGUUCAUUUUCACACAAAGAUCAUUGAUGCAGUGAUUGAUGUUAUUCCUGUUUUAACCCUGUUUCCUUCCCUCCCUGUCAGGCGUUUGCCCAGAACGUGCGGUCUAAGGCAGAUGUGAUCCAGGCUACAGGAGAUGCUGUGUGUGUCUUCAAAGAGCUGCAGUGCCUCACACCCAGGGGCAGGUACUGUGGCAUCAGCACCAUGAACCACUAUUCAUCAGUAUUAGCCAUCAUUGUUUUGUUGAACAUUACUCUCUAUUUAUCAGAUUGAUCAACAUUGUUCACUUGGCUUAACACUAGCCCCCCCCUUCCAACGAAAACCUACCACAUACUAGACAAACACCUACUUUGAAGGAAGGUCUUCCUCUCUUUCUUGCCCUUGUUCACCCACGUUCUUCUCCCUCUGUGUGUCAGGUAUGAUAUCCUUAUCUACCCUGCCUUCCUCCACCUCCAUGGUAAGACUUUUGACUACAAGAUCCCCUACACUACCGUGCUGCGUCUCUUCCUGUUACCAAGCAAGGACCAGAGGCAGAUGUUCUUUGUGGUAAGUGUGUGUGUGUUUUGAUUGAGGUGAGUGGUUGACAGUCGAGUGUAGAUUGUAUUAAGUUGGUGUUUGGCACCAAACGUGUGGACAAUGCAUUUACACUGUAAUCAUUCUCACUUCAAACCCUUUGCCAUUGUCUUCGAUUCAUAAUCAUUAUGUCUUAUUCUCCCUCUCUCUCCCGCUCUUCUUCUCCCCCUCCCUCUGUCUGUAGAUCAGUCUGGACCCGCCCAUCAAGCAGGGACAGACGCGUUACCACUUCCUCAUCCUGCACUUCUCUAAGGAGGAGGAGCUCCACCUCACCCUCAACAUGAGCGAGUGAGUGGGAGAAAGAAAGGACAGCAGCUCAACACCACAUGGGAGAGGAAGAAUGAACUCGUAUUGUUGGGUGUCAAGAAUCCCUUAAUACAAUUUCUGUUUCCCUCUCCUCUCUCUCGUUGGGCCCCUCUCCCCCGUUCUUUCUCCCUCUACCAUCCCUCUCUUGCCCCUCUCUCUCCAUAGGGAGGAGGUGGAGAAGCGUUAUGAAGGGAAACUCAGUAAGAACAUGUCAGGUUCUCUCUAUGAGAUGGUCAGUAGGGUGAUGAAAGCUCUGGUCAACAGGAAGAUCACCGUGCCCGGAAACUUCCAGGGGUAAACACACAAUCACCAACACAUUCACGCACAACACACACACGAUCACCAACACACACACACGAUCACCAAUUCACGCAUGCAGAAUCACUUGCAAAUAUGCACCAAUGUUCCUCUUGUGGUGCUGUACACUGUUCCUUUAGAGGCAUUACAGUAUAAACACAUUAUCAUGAAACACUGUGUUAUGUAUUUCAUAAUAAUUGAGUCUCCCUCCCCUCCUCUCCCCUGUAGUAACACCCCUGGGGCCCAGUGUAUAACAUGUUCCUACAAGGCGCAGUCAGGCCUGCUCUACCCCCUGGAGAGGGGUUUCAUCUACGUGCACAAGCCCCCCGUGCACCUGCGCUUCGAGGAGAUCUCCUGUGUCAACUUCGCCAGAGGCACCACCACAACGCGCUCCUUCGACUUCGAGGUGGAGACCAAGCAGGGCAACCAGUUUACCUUCAGCAGCAUAGAGAGGUAUGGAGGGGACUUAGAAACACCCGCAACCGUAUUGAUUCUUUGCCUAAGUCAUGGUUUCUGGGUUUUUUCUCUCUCCAUCACAGAGAAGAGUACGGGAAGCUGUUUGACUUUGUAAACGCCAAGAAACUCGACAUCAAGAACAGAGGAUUCAAGGAGGUAACCUUUAGGAGAUGUUUACUGUGGUGGAAAUACAUUCGACUCCUCUCCAAGAUAAAUGAUGUGUUUAUAAAUAUUGAUGAUGUCACUCUCUUCUUGUCUGUCUGUUGUGUACCCCUGAAGAAGAAGGUUGGUAUGGUUACGGGGGUUUGGGAGUGUUGGCUUGAUUUUUGGUUUGGAGCGAUUACUGCUCGCAUGGUGUGUGUGUUGGGGGGGGGGGGGGGGUGUCUGUAUGUGUGUGUUGGGGGGGGGCGUGUCUGUAUGUGUGUGUUGGGGGGGCGUGUCUGUGGGUGUUGGGGGGGGGGAGUGUGCUAUAAUUCUAAUCAUGGUGGUUGAUUGCUGUGAAGAACCAUUAAUGAUUUACUAAUCGGUAUAUGAUUACUGAUUAUGAUUAUCCACAUUUUUGUGUGAAAAACAUCUACAGAUGUGUUUUGGAGAGUGUGUGAGAAAGAGAGAGGUGUGUGUGGUCUUGUUCUAUCUUUGUGGGGACCGGAAAUCCCCAAAAGUCUCCAACGAUAGUAAAGGACAAAGGCUAUUUUAGGCUUAGGGGUUAGGGUUACAAUUAGGGUUAGGAGUUAGGGAAAAUAGGAUUUUGAAUGGAAAUCAAUUUUAGGUCCCCACAAGGAUAGUAAAACAUGCUGUGUGUGGGGUUAGGGGGGGUUGCCUGUAUUGUCUUGACUAAUGUAUUGCCCAAGGUGUUGCAGUGUGUUAACUGAAAGACGAAACACAUCCUCUAAACCAAAUACAGGAAGUCCUGAUUUUUCUCCCAGAAUGCUCUCUGGUAAUAUAAACAGCCCACUCUGUUGCCCCUUGGUGGUAGUUGCCAUGGCAACAAACUAUUACCUUGAGGUCACCUGAAUGGUCAAGAACUACAAAGGAUCCUGUUCGCCACUUCCUCCUGUUGGUCUAGCUUCUUAGCUUUUAACUUAGGCAGAAUCUCAUUGCAUUUCCUUGAUUCCUCGCGUCCUCUCUCCUAGCCUCCUCCUCAAAACCCAUUAGAUGAGAAGGUCAGAGGUCUUUGACCUUCUCAUCCAAUGGGUUUUAAGGACGCGAUGAAUCAAGGAAAUGCAAUGAGAUUCUCCCCUAGUCUCUGCAUUCCCAGCAGUAGUCCUAAAGGUAAGGAGGUAAGGAAAGGAAGCCAUUGUAAACUGUUGGAACACAGCCCCUUCUGUACAGUAAACUGCUGUCCAUAGGAAGAGAUACAGGGCCUUGUUGGAGCAUCAUGGGUAGUGUAGUCUGACUCUCUGCUGCCCCCCGACAUGGCAUGAAGGCAAAGAACAACGAGUACAGUGACUCAGACGACGACCAGCACGAUGCCUACCUGGAGAGGAUGAAAGCCGAGGGCAAGAUCAGAGAGGAGGGAGACGGCAGCAACGACUCAGACGAAGAGACCGGUGAGUGACAGCUGCUGCAGCCAAUAGGGUGGCCAGAUCGCUAAGUGACAGCUCCCACAGCCGAUAGGGUGUCCAGACCGCUAUGUGCCAGCUCCUGCAACCAUUAGGGUGGCUAGACCGCUGAGUGACAGCUCCCACAGUCAAUCAGGGCCUCCCUAAUAAGAGAUCUUAAUGGGACUCAUUCAUACAUGAAGAAAUGUAAAAACGUCAUAGGUCUGGCUGUUGUGAGCUUGUUGUGUCCAUGUCCAAGAGAGCAGCAGGUUUGGGAGAGAGCUGUGUUAGUGAUUUUCUUCUCUCUUUUUACUAGAUGAGUCUUUCAACCCUGGAGAGGAGAGUGAUGUCGCUGAGGAGUGAGUUUUUACCAAUCAUCCCUCACUCAUUCUCCCAUUGCCUAUUUCGUCCCCCCCCCCCACCCCCACCCCUCUCUGUUUAACAGUAUUCCUCCCUUGUCUCUCCCUCAGGUAUGACAGUAACGCGUCGGAGAGUGACAGCGGCAGCGGGGGGGAUGGCAGCGAUGAGGAGGGAAAGAAGAAGAAACCUGCAAAGAAGGCCAAAGUAGUGAAAGAGACGAAGGAGAGGAAACCACGUAAAGAGGUGAGAGAGAGGAGAGGGAUUAGGAGUAAACUAGAAGAGGAAAGAGGAGGUGCGAGAAAGAAGGGGGGAAUGGAUGUGGAGGGAGUCAUGAACAGUAAUAUCUAAGUUUAUUGUAUCAGAGAAAAAUAUACCUUCAUAUUGACCUAUGGCAGCAAUUGCAUAGUUAAUGUAUUUAUGCAGGUGAUAUGUGUGUGGGUGAUAUGUGUGUGGGUGAUAUGUGUGUGGGUGAUAUGUGUGUGGGUGAUAUGUGUGUGGGUGAUAUGUGUGUGGGUGAGUGCUCAUGUUUCUCUUGCUCGGUCUCUCUGUCUUUUAGAAGAAGCAGAAGGACACUAACGCCCCCAAGAGGCCGAUGAGUUCCUACAUGCUGUGGCUCAACUCCAGCCGCGAGCGCAUCAAGUCGGAAAACCCCGGAAUCUCCAUCACAGAGAUCUCCAAGAAGGCAGGAGAGAUGUGGAAACAGAUAGGGAAGGACGACAAAGAGGUGAGGGAGGGGGAGAGCUUUCUCUUUGCUCUCCCAGUUUCUCUUUUUCCUCUAUUCUGCUCUUCUCUCUCCCAUUUUUCUGUUUGGGCAUUUUGAAUAAAAUAAUUGUCACCCUAGCUAACUGUAAUUCUGUAUUUAAACCAUUAUUUAGGAGAACAGAUUGAUAACAAAAGGUCUCUCUCUGCUAGGAGUGGGAUGGGAAGGCAGACGAGGCUAAGAAGAACUAUGAGAAAGCCAUGAAGGAAUACAGAGAGAAUGGUGGAGGCUCCUCCACACCCGCCAAGAGGUAAGAGACCACACACACACACUACCAGGUGCACUUAGAAGCUCUCUGACACACACUGUUUUAAACACAAAAACAACCUCAAAUGUAUGACCAUGUUGACCAUGCUUUUGCGUUUCACUCCAUCAGGGAGAGCAAGAAGAAGGCGGGAGGCAAGAAGGAGGACAAGAAGAGGAAGUCUGGUGGAGUAGAGAAGGAAAAGGAGCAAGGAGGGAACGACAGUUUUAAGAGCCGAGAGUUUAUCUCCAGCGAGGAGAGUUCGUCUGACGGUGAACGCAAGAAAGCCAAGAAGGCCAAGAAAGCCAAAGGCAAACCCCAGAGGAAGGGCAAGGUACUGCACUGUCACUAUGGCAACAAUAGGAUGAAUUGAUGGGAUUAUCAUAGUGAAGAAUAUCUCUCUCUCUGUCCGUCUGUCUGUCUGUCUCAGGAGUCUGAUGAGGAAGAAGAGGAAGCGAUGACCACACCCCCCAGCUCCGAAGAGGACUCUGACUGAGGAGAGGGGGAGGAGCCUUGCUGGACCUGCUGAUGACAUCACAACGAACGGGGAACAUUUGGACAAGUUUACUCAGUGACCGGUGCACGAAGACACGCAGAUCAUAUCAUACACACACACUAAGCGUUAAAUGGACCAAGAAUUUGUACUUCCACUCUGAUGUCCCACACAUUCUCAGAAAUGAAUACCUCUUGCUGUGCUGACAAACUAUUUGUUUUCCUGAUGCUAAAUAGAGGGUUUCUCAACAGACUAAGUCCAAUCUAUCUAACAGCAUAUUAUGUACCACAUUACCCAUGAUUCUACUGGGUUCUAUUCUAUUCGCCCCAUGGGGAUGGUUGUAGUUUAAUAGCACUGAGACAUGCAGAGGGGUCUUCAGUCUUUUUUUUUAUAGUCAUUUUGAACUGUUUAGAGAAAUGAAGAACUGCAAUUCUGUGCAUUUUUGUUUAUUUGCCAUGUCAAGUUUGUCUUUUUCAAAGUGAAAGAAUACAUCUUUUUAAAUAAAAUCUGAGUGAUUGUUUGUGGGCGCUUGAGGAAAUUAAAGGUAAUGAGAUGGGGGAGGGGCGGCAUUUGGGAGGAUUGGGAUGGAGCCAGGUGGGAGGAUUCAUGUAUUUUAUGAGUGGAGGACUAUCUGGUAGUGGAAUGAGAUUUAAACCCCUAGAGACUGGUCUCUAUACCCUGAAAAGACCCUCAAGACCACAAACCCUCCCUCACACACACACACGGCUAUAACAUGUUGUGAGGUUAGCAACCACAUCAGAUGGAACAUCAAAAGGAGACAGAAGAGGACAGCAUUAACACACCCUCAUUUACACAAACGAUAAUAGCAGUACACACUUCCAAAAAGACACCUUUUUCAUGUUUUGUAUUAACUGGCUCUUAAUUAAGUUUGCUGUAGAUAGUUUGGCAUUAGCGGCUGUACUGGGCGAUCCAAUGCCUUCAGAAAGUAUGCAGAACCCUUGACUUUUUCCACAUUUU